AUGUCGAGUCAAAGUCCGAAUCUGGGCCCGAGUCGUCCUCGUGGCGGGAGCUUGGGACAGAGGAAACGUGGAAGCCGAUCUAACAAAGAAGAAAGUGCUAGAAGUAGUUCAGAUGAAAAAAACACAAAAGGCCCUACAAAACAUAAUAAAACAGAAAAGAAUGUUUUAAGCAAAACAAUUUCAAGGAAGGUCGCGGGUAUUUCACAGAUACAUUCACAGGAUCAUCUUUUUUUAAAAAAAGAUGCAAUACAGCCAGAAGAGAUUGAACCAUUAAAGUCUUCAAUGACAACAAGAAAUAGUAAUAUAAAGAAAACUUUUUCACGGAGUGAAGACACGAAGGGUAAAUAUUCUAAUAUUAUUGAUGAUACAGUAAUUGCACCAACAGGAAAUGAUAUUGAAGAACUUUCAAUGUGCGAGGAUGCACUUGAGAUAUUUACUCCUCUUAUGAAUUCCACAAUGGACAUCAAUUCUACUUAUACGCAGAAGAUGAUGAACGCUGCCGUAAUUUUAGAACCUUUAUCACCAAUAAAAUUAAACGAAACUGUAGUGAUUAAUAAAAACUUGGCUAGUAGUACAGGAAAAAAUGUUGAACCUAAAUUUACACCACGGUCGUCAAUAACUUUGCAGGAGAAGAUGCAGCAGCUAAAAGAAGCGAUGGCAAACAAAGAGUUUGAUGAAUUACUCACAGAAGAUGAGUCAUCCCCUGAAAUAAAAAAGUCUAAAGCAAAUAUUAAGAAACAUGAAAUUAAAAAACGACAAAAGCGGCAGAACAGAUCUAUGACAUCGAACGAAGAUGCAAUACUUAAUACUCCAACAAAACCAUCUUCGAAGGAGGAUGCAAUUACAAGAUUCCAGGAAAUAAGAAACACGUAUAAAUCGAAUGCUCUAUUCGAUCCAUACAUCAAGGUAUCUGUAAAAAAAAGAAUUGAGGCAUUUGAACAGGCAGGCGUGAACACUCCAAAACUUGUUGUUGAUAUUGAUGCACCAACUAGAGUAACUCGAACAGAAACACGAGAACAAAACACUAGAGCUGCUGCACAAACAGAAGCUUCGGAAAAUGCAGACAUUGCAGAGAAAGCGAUUGCUCAUAAAUUAUCACGAAUGUCGGUUGCAAAAGCCAAAAAAAUUUUAUUAGCAAAAGAGAAUAAGGAUGUCGAUGAAAGAAGAAAACAAGAAGAGCAACAGCGUUUACAACGUUUACAAAAAGAAGAUGAAGCGCAGCGAACAUUAGCUGAACAAAGACGUCGAGAACAGAAAGCUGAAAGACGAAAAGAAGCCGAAUUAAGAGCUCAACGACAAGCUGCAGAUGAAGUAAUGAAAACUAAGCAUCAGAUGAUUACAUCACAGCCACAAUAUGGCUCCAAACAGCAAGGUCCAACCACUUACGUUUUGGAUGGUGAACCUGACGACGAUGAAUCAGGUGAUGAAUCUAGACCAAAGCAUACAAUUCCACAUUGGGCACAAUCGCACAUACGUGAAAAUCAACUCGCAAUGCAACGAUACAUUCCGGAGAAAGCAGUCUAUAAAUUCUUUGAUAGCAGAAAGUGCACACCAGAUUUAACUGAAAUGUUUCCAAAAUAUAAAUAG